AUGUCUUCCAGUGAUAAGAAAUUGCUCGUCGUCUUCGGAGCUACAGGAGCACAAGGUGGCUCGGUCGUUCAAAGCAUUCUCUCUGAUCCUAAAUUGAAGGAAACCUGGGCAGUUCGAGGCAUCACCAGAGAUGUAACAAAGCCUGCUGCAAAGAAAAUCGAGGCACUCGGUGCUGAGACAUUUGCUGCAGACUUGAAUGACGCCGAGUCUCUCAAAGCUGCAGUGAAGGGAGCAUACGCUGUCUUUGCCGUUACCAACUUUUGGGAAAGCCAAAGUGCAGAUGUAGAGAAGAAACAAGGAGUUGCAAUUGCAGAUGCUGCAAGGGAAGCUGGUGUUCAGCACUUCAUUUGGAGUUCCUUAUUGGACGUUACAGAGCUCUCUAAAGGAGCCCUUCCCAAGGUCACACAUUUUGACUCCAAGGCCCAUAUCGAGGAAUAUGUCAGAAAGAUCGGGAUCCCAGCGACUUUCUUCUUGGCUGGAUUUUACAUGUCCAAUAUUCCUGGCCAAAUGUUGCAAAAAUUACCACCUGACAACAAAUGGAAGCUUGCUUUCCCAAUUCCAGCUUCAUCUUCUGUCCCACUUCUUGCUACUGUUGAGGACACUGGUAAAUUUGUCAAGGGUAUCCUUCUCAAUAGAGAAAAGGUUCUUGGAAAGCGUAUUUACGGUGCCACCAAGUAUUACACCUUGACCGAGAUUUUGAAGGAGUUCACGGAACAAUAUCCUGCCGCUAGCGAAGGAGCUGACAAUGUUGAACUUCCCCAUGAAGUCUACAAGAACAUCCUCAAGAGUUUUGGUAUGAGUGAUGACGCUCAAGAGGAAUUGUUGCAGAAUAUGAGAUUGUUGAACGAGUUUGGAUAUUAUGGGGGUGAUUCUUUGGACGAAAGCCAUUCUAUCUUGGUGGACAAAUUGACAACAUGGAAGGAAUUCAUCGCAAAGAGUCCAGCCUUUGCUGAGUUGAAGUAA